AUGGCACUGCGGGAGGGGGUGGUGCUCAAGGGGGCGAUGGCGCUCUUUGCCAUGUCGCUUCUCGUCCUCCUCCAGGUGAAGAGGAGCAUCGAUACUCAGGCUCCCCGCACACAGCUCGUUCAACAGGAAGAGAACUGGGACGAAGGUUAUCUGCAUGACAUGAUUCAACAGAACCAGGGGCAGGUCGGUGAUCAGUCCAAGAUGGACAGAAUCAACUCCUUGCUCACAAAAGCAGUGACUCUGAUGAAUGGUCUCAAGCGUCAAGACCGUCCGCAGUUGAACGAGGCACAGCAGGAGGGAGCGGCACCUGAGCAGCCCAAGGAGGUCGUGUACGUCGAGCAGCCGAAGUGGGAGCUCAAUGAACCAUCCAAGGAGAGGCUGAGGAAGUAUGCGAUGAUGGAGAAGCAGUCGGAGCUGCCUGCUUGCUUCAAGCUCAACAAGUUCUCGGAUGAAGAGGUUGCGCUUGCGAAGAGAAGGUUGGAAGAGGCCACGCACAAUCUGGCGCUGGAGUAUCCAAACUGGUCGCACGACCAACUCAUUGGGGGGAAAGGGCAGGAUGGAGUAUGGCGCUACGAUCGUGGACCUCCCUACGUGCAGCGGCUCACCAUGUUCUCAGGCCCGGGGGUGAACUCAGUUGGGAAUGGAAACCUUGUUCGCAAGAUUCUUGGACUGAAGCUUGCGUUUGGUGGGUCGUGCGACCUGCGUUCAUGCCAACGUGGAAUGCAAGGGAACAGCUAUAUCGGGGACUUUGACGGGGCGCAGUUCCGCUUCUUCUAUCGCAAUGCAUGCUCUACCCUCGUGAUCCCUCCUCUCUCUAAUGGUGCUGGGCCUGUCUUGGACGACAAGGGCGUCUACAGGCUAUAUCGUUACCUGAAGGAAGGUUAUAACACGCUGGUAGUGUGCGGAGGGACAUCUUCAAUCUUGUUCAUCAAUCAGAACAUCGCUAGCGUCGAUGGUGGGUUUGAGCUUGAGCCGGGAUGGGUCGACGGCCCUUACGAGGCUCAGUCUGCGCAGAGGGCCAACACUCCUUUUGCUGCUCUUCCUGUCUCUCUGCCUGGUCCGGAGACCUCCGUCACUGGCGUCCAGCUCUCCUCCCUCCCCCCGAACGCCAUCAGCUACUACGAGGCUGAGGACGUGUCGGUAGUUUUCGAGAUCCCCAUGGGACAGGGGAGGAUCAUUUACCUCGGUUACGAUUAUUCCGAGCCCAUCAUCCCCUGGGUGCAUACCCUCACUGCCGCCACCAUGUUCAACGAUUGGGACUUCAAAGGGCCUGCUCCAUGA